GAAGCGCUAUAAAAUCCAUCUGAAUUCAGGUGUGUCACAUCAGUCUCCUCUUACGAACAAGAGCAACUGCACGCGCCCCCAUCAUGAAAACGAUAGUUGUUCUCUGUGCUGUUGUGGCCGUCGCUCUGGCGGCUCCGCUUCAGUCGAACACAAACGAAGUGGUUGUUGUGAAGGAAACACCAUUGAACAACAUCGGCCUUGACGGAUACAAUUACGCUUACGAACAGUCGGACGGCCAGGCCCAUCAGGAAUCCGCUGAGGUGGUGAACGCCGGCCGGGAGAACCAGAGCCUCGCCGUUCGCGGUAGCUUCACCUACGUCGAUCCGACGACCAACGUCAAAUACACCGUCAAUUACACCGCCGACGAGAACGGUUUCCAUCCCGAGGGCGCGCACUUGCCUUCCUGAAUGAAAAUUUUCGAGCGAUUGUAAAUAUAACGGCUUUUUUGCAAAAUGAAUUGUUUUGUUGCUCCAAGUUUCCCCAAAGAGACAUUUCCGCCGACGUUUCGAUUUUUUUCUUUUUUUUUUUUUAUAACAAACAAUAAAAACUUCCGCUCUCUUGUAAAACACCUCUGUGAUGUGCCGUGUGUUUUUGGCUCGAACAAUUUUUUUGUAAAUACUUAAUAAAAAAAAAACUUUAGUUUGCGCAGUAA